AUGCUAACCAAAUUCACUCCAUGGAGAAACACUUCAUUUUCAUCACUCCCACUGCCUCUUGAAAUCGCAACCAAACUGUAUGUAGACUCCACUUCCAUUAAAACAGCUUCGUCUGACUUCGGUAAACUUUUUCAAGAAACUCCGUUUGCCGUUUUCUAUCCGUCAACCGUUUCUGACAUCGUCCACCUCGUGAAAUCCUCCUAUACCUCUUCCUCUCCGUUCAAGAUCGCCGCUAGAGGCCAUGGCCACUCUAUCGAUGGUCAGGCGAUGGCAAAAGAUGGGGUGGUGGUGGAAAUGACGUCUUUAAGUGGCGGUAUUAAAGUUUCUUGGAGUGAUUAUUUAGGGUUUUAUGCUGAUGUUGGUGGUGAGCAGCUUUGGAUCGAUGUUUUGAGGACGACGUUGGACCAUGGAUUGGCUCCAGUUUCAUGGACGGAUUACUUGUAUCUUACUAUUGGUGGUACACUUUCUAAUGCAGGGAUUAGUGGACAGACUUUUCUUCAUGGUCCUCAGAUCAGCAAUGUGCAUGAACUGGAUGUCAUAACUGGAAAAGGGGAUUUCAUGACUUGCUCUAAAAACAUGAACUCUGAACUCUUUUAUGGAGUUCUUGGAGGUCUUGGUCAAUUUGGGAUCAUAACUAGGGCAAGAAUUGUUCUAGACAAGGCACCGACAAGAGUGAAAUGGGUUCGAAUGAUUUACGAAGAUUUUGAUAUCUUCACAAAGGAUCAAGAACACUUAAUCUCAAUUAAUCAUGGGCUUAAUUAUGUUGAAGGCUCUAUAAUCAUGAAGAAGAGUCCUGCAAACAAUUGGAGAUCUUCUUUUUUCUCAAUCCUUGAUGAAGAGAAAGUGAAUUCUUUAGCAUCAACAUGUGGGGUCGUUUAUUGUUUAGAAGUAGUCAAGUACUACGAUGAAUUCAGCGUACAACCCAUCAAUGAGGAACUUGAUGACAUAUUCAAAGAUUUGAGCUUCAAAACAGGAUUUAUUUUCAAGAAAGAUGUUUCAUAUGUUGAUUUUCUGAAUAGAGUGAGAAUUGAAGAACUAAAGCUUCAAUGUAAAGGAUUGUGGGAUGUUCCUCAUCCUUGGCUAAAUCUAUUUGUCCCAAAAUCGGGCAUUUUGGAAUUUAAUCAACACGUAUUCGUUGAUAUUAUUCAAAAAGAGGCCAAGAGCUCGGGCCCGUUUCUCGUGUACCCGAUGAAGCGGACAAGGUGGGAUGAUAGGAUGUCGGCCACCAUACCAGACGAAGAUGAAGAUGUGUUUUACACCAUUGGUUUAUUGCAUUCAGCAAGAAACACCGAAGAUGGGAAAAUCAUCGACGAUCAAAACAAAAAGAUAUUAAAUGUAUGUGCUGAAAUUGGAAUAGAAAUCAAGCAAUAUCUUCCAAGAUAUUACACAACAAAAGAAGAGUGGAUAAAGCAUUUCGGUGCAAAAUGGAGUUUAUUUGAAGAAAGGAAAGCCAAGUAUGAUCCAAAACUGAUAUUGUCUCCCGGGCAAAGAAUUUUCUAA